UUUAUCCUCAAACAACAAAACCCCAAGAUUUCUUCCAUGGCUACCAUACAGAACUCCCAUAUCUCCACAAUCCCACAACACCCAAAUCCCAAAUUCAAAACCCAUGUGAGGACAUCUAUUACAGUCUCCCAAAAACAGCAGAAACCCAAGAAUGACAACAAGGCUGCUUUUGAGGAGAAGAAGAAAGCUUCUGUUGAUUAUGACAAAGGGAUACACAACGUAACUGUGAGAAUUGAUGGAUUCCGCAAAUCUGAUUUGCCUAAACACCAACGUUUACGAGUUGAAGGGGAUAGGUUUCAGAAAGAUUGGGGUGUUUCUGAAGUGGUGGAGAAGAUUAUGAAGAUCAAUCAUUGGGAUGAUAUUGAAGGUGUUUUGAAUUGUUGGGCUGGACGUUUUGCAAGAAAGAACUUUCCCAUUCUUAUAAAGGAAAUAACUCAAACGGGUUCAAUUGAACAUAGCAUCCAUGUUUUCAAUUGGAUGAAAAAUCAGAAGAAUUAUUGUGCAAGAAGUGAUAUCUACAACAUGAUGAUCAGGUUACAUGCUAGACAUAAUCGGGUUGAUCAGGCACGUGGCUUGUUUUUUGAGAUGCAAAAGUGGAGGUGCCAACCUAAUGUUGAGACCUACAAUGCCCUUAUCAGUGCACAUGGUAAAGCUGGUCAAUGGCGUUGGGCAAAGAAUAUCAUGGAAGACAUGCUCCGUGCUUCUAUUCCACCAAAUCGAUCAACAUACAACAACUUGAUCAAUGCAUGUGGAUCUAGUGGAAAUUGGAGAGAGGCUCUUAAAGUUUGCAAGGAAAUGACUGAAAAUGGAGUUGGACCUGACCUGGUGACUCAUAAUAUUGUCUUAUCUGCCUAUAAAAAUGGUUCCCAGUACGCAAAAGCCCUUUCCUAUUUUGAACUAAUGAAGGGAACUAAAGUCCGUCCUGACACUACGACCCUUAAUAUUGUGAUACACUGUCUUGUAAAGCUUGAACAAUAUCAGAAAGCUGUUGAGAUAUUUAACUCAAUGAGAGAGAAAAGAUCUGAAUGUAUUCCUGACAUAGUCACAUUUACCACUAUCAUGCACAUGUAUUCUGUUUCUGGUCAGAUAAAAAACUGCGAGGCUGUUUUUAACACAAUGCUUGCAGAAGGUUUGAAACCUAAUAUUGUUUCAUAUAAUACCUUAGUUGGUGCUUAUGCUUCACAUGGGAUGGCUCAGGAAGCUUUAUCAAUCUUUGAUAAGAUGAAAAGUAAUGGCACCCGGCCUGAUGUUGUGUCUUAUACCUCUUUACUUAAUGCUUAUGGGAGAUCAGAACAGCCUGAAAGGGCCAUGGAAACAUUUGAACAGAUGAAAAGGAACAAUCUGAAACCAAAUUUGGUUAGUUAUAAUGUUCUGAUUGAUGCUUAUGGAUCUAAUGGUCUUCUGGACAAGGCUGUCCAAGUGCUGCGUGAAAUGGAACAUGAUGGCUUACAGCCCAAUGUUGUUACUAUUUCUACCUUAUUAGCUGCAAGUGGCCGUUGUUGUCAAAAAGUGAACAUUGAUUCCAUCCUAACGGCUGCCAAAAUGCGUGGAAUUGAGUUGAAUACAGUCGCCUAUAACUCCGCUCUUGGGAGUUAUCUGAAUGUUGGGGAAUAUGAAAAGGCUUUAUCCCUAUACAAGUUGAUGAGGAAAAAGAAAGUUAUGCCUGAUUCUGUAACAUAUAAUGUGUUGAUAAGUGGUUGCUGUAGAAUGUCAAAUUAUUCAGAGGCUCUUGAAUUUCUUGAUGAGAUGAUAGCACUGAAAAUUCCUUUGACGAAGGAGGUCUGUUCCUCUGUAAUAUGCGCUUACACUAAGCAGGGUCAACUUGCCAAAUCAGAAUCUAUGUUUUCGAUGAUGAAAAUGGAAGGCUUUCAGCCUGAUGUCAUUGCCUAUACAACAAUGCUAAAUGCAUAUAGUGUUGGAGAGAAUUGGGAAAAAGCUUUUGCAGUAUUUCAAGAAAUGGAAUUGAAUGGUGUUCUCCCUGAUGCUAUUGCUUGUUCAGCUCUCAUGAGGUCUUUUAAUAGAGGAUGCCAACCUGACAAAGUUUUGCUUGUGGCGGAUUUUAUGAGAGAGAGAAAUAUCCCUUUCACUGAGGCUGUUUUGUUUGAAUUGGUCUCAGCCAGCAGCAUCUUACGAGAUUGGAGGAUGAUUACAGAAAUUACUACAACAAUGGAGGCUUCACUCCCUUAUGUGUCUGUUGGAACGCUAAACCAGCUUCUGCAUAGUAUUGGCAAAUCAGGAAAGACUGAAACCAUGAUAAAAUUUUUCUAUAAGGUAGUCACAUCAGGCACAGAAGUUAAUUUAACAACCUAUUCAGUUCUGCUGAAAAAUUUUUUGGCUUCUGGAAAUUGGAGAAAAUAUAUUGAGGUUUUGGAGUGGAUGGAAGAUGGACGACUUCAGCCAUCAAGUAAUAUGUAUGACGAUAUACUCUUCUUUGCUCAACGUAGUGGAGGGACCGAGAAUGCUGCUGUUAUAAAACAAAGAGUUGAAUCCUUGAGAAAGAAAUCAGGACAUGAAACAACAAAUGAGCUUCUUUGGAGAUAAUCGUUGCCAUCCUACCAAUGCCUCGAGCUACUUGGGCAUAUUUGUUAGCGACCUGCUGCAGUUUCAAUCAAUUCCUUCAUUGGAUCGAGCAAAUAAAAGCAAGCCAUUUGGAUGCUGAUUUGGUUACUCCGAUGGAAAACAAUCAUGGCUUUGUAGUCAUCUACAUUUCUGUUCGUUGCCUUUUGACCUCGUAUAUGCAAGUAUACAGUCCUUCAUCGACUAGUUGCAACAAGAUACAGUCAAUGAACCAAUUUGCAGACCAAAUAUUGUAGAUGCACAACAGCCUCCUUGCAUUUGGACACGAGUGAUUGAACAUCAUGGACACAACCUCAAUAUUUUCCGGCUAAUAUUUAUUUUUCGAGGUUUCUUCAACUUCCUGAAAAGCUGUAAAUUUUAGCUAUUGUUAUAGAUGGAAUGUAAAUGGCUUUGUUAA